GUUCGAUAUUUCCCACUACUUUCCCGAACGCAUCGUGCCUAUCGGAAGUAGCUUUUUAGCUAAUCUGUUUUUGAAACCUGUUUUAAGAUUGCUGCUCUAUUUAUAAUGUCGUUUAAAAGAGAGGGAAAUGAUAAGAGUCAGCUCAAUAUUCUGAAGAAACGUCGUGUGGCAGACCUUCUAUCUAACUUUAUUCCAGAAGAUGAAGCUGCUCUUAUGAAAAAUGGGAGAUACACUUGUCUUGUUUGCUCCUACCGUCCCGUGUUUGAUACGGUUGACAUGCUGACAGUCCACAGACAAGGAAAUAAACAUCUAGAAGGAUUGAAGGCAUUCUAUGGCAAAAAAUCAAAGCUGAAGAAUGAAAUAUCGAAAAGACGACAUGAAAACUACAUCCAGUCCGAAGAAAGACAGCAGGAACCCUCCGGUUCAGCGCCUUUAAUAGCACAAACCCGGAGGCUCACCCAUCAUGCUUUACUAAAGACUGUACCGUACAACAGCCGUCACAGAAACAGCAGUUCAAAACCUGAAAGAAGACUGACAAGUACUGGCUCAGAUCCCACUGGAAACCCAUCUGAAUCCUGUAAAGCUGAAGUUCCCAAAACAAUAUCAGCAAGCAACUGUGUUAACUCUAACGCAGAAUCGUCAUCAACAUCAGUCAAAACAGGACACAAGGCUGCAGUGAAACACGUUGCAGAAGCUCUAACAUCACAGAGGAGGAGGGAACUGGAUCACUAUCUCAAACUGAAAAGUGAUGGAUGGGUUCAAGAUUACAACGGCCAGUGGGUCAAAGACCAGAAUGUGGAGUUUGAUUCAGACGAGGAAGAACCUGCACCUCUUGUUCCUUUACCUACUAGCGACUGAAACGACAAGCAACUGUGAGAAGCCUAUUAUUGUACCACAGUGGUAUGUUUAUGAGCAACAGUUCUACUUGGAGGAACCAGAACUCCCAUCGGUGAGGACUUUGCGAAACUGACAGAACAACUUAUAGGUCAGAGUGUAUUGUUUUUCUUUUCUGAUUCUUCACCAUAGGGGAUGAAAGAAAAGGAUGUUGGACCUGUGUGGAGUGACCUGUGUUGCAACUGCAAGCCUUUAUUUUCUUUUGAAACCUUUAUGACAUUGUCACUGUUCUGGACAAUGCUUUAGGUUCUUCAGGAUGCACCAUGACCCAUUUCAGAUGCAUCCAAAAAGCUGCUUUUCGCUACCCGAAAGGAGCUGCAGUAUUGCGUGACAAGUUGUUGCAGCUCAUUAGUACCGCCACUAUGUUGUGGGACAUGCUUUGUGUGCCGUAACCUGCUGUUGUGAAAUACAAGAAACCGGAACAAAACAGUGGUGCAAAUGUUUCUGCCAAUUCUAAAUUCCAAAUAACUUUGAAUAUUUUUCAUUCAUUUUAUUAAAUACACAUUUCUCUUAAUCUACCGAGAAGUUUUACUCUGGGUGUUUAUAACAAUAAGCCAAGCACAUGUUAGAGGAUGCUUUUAAUCACCUCACCUGUAUUAGGUCCCCUCUUACACUGUUCAAAAUGGCAGUUUUGUUUACCAGUAACAUUAGCAGUUCUGUGACUGGACCUCCAAACAUUUCCAUUGUCUAAUCUUGGAUUUGAACUGCAGACCUUGCAGCAUUUUCUGCUCCUCUUACCUCUUAUAUACAAAAUUUAUUUCUUAUUCACUUGCUGGAAGUUGUUGGUUACUGCUACUAGUACUACUUGAAUGGCAUUGACCAGGUACAUAUAAGCAUUAUGUCAAGUUACAGAUUAUUAAUCAGUUUAGGAAACUGGAAACUUGACCUGCUGGAUCCAUGCAGGUUAUUAACAAUAGAUCACAUGUAAAGGGUUCAGGAGUAAAGUUAUAAAAUGUAUUUUUUUUAAAGAACUUAAGCUGUACUUGUUUUCGUUUGUAAAAAAAAAAAAUUAUAAUAAUUCUAUCAAAUUGCCUCAAGGGCAUGGUCAGCCUCUGACUGUUCUGUCACGCUUGGUUUCUAAACCACCCUUCCUCAACACAAAACAUGUUGAAAUGUGUUUAAAUUUACAUGACUCUUAAAUACUGUUGUAAUUGUGCAGUGGUAUACUCGUUAACAUUAUCAUGUCAUCUGAUAAACAAACGUAGUCUUUGGAAUUAAAGAGCAGCAGUAAAAACUAAA